AUGGCAUCGGGUUAUUCCCAAACGAGCUCGGAUGCUGGUCCCGCCAGGCUCCGCUCCAGCCAAGCCGAAUACCUCAUGGAGCUCGCCAUCGGGACACCGCCGGUGCCGUUCGUCGCCCUUGCCGACACUGGGAGCAUCGUCACCUGGACGCAGUGCAAGCCGUGCAAGCACUGCUUCCCGCAGGACACGCCUGUCUACGACACCGCCGACUCGUCAAGCUUCUCCCCUGUGCCAUGCGCCAGCGCCACGUGUUGGCCUGGCUGGGGCAGCAACUGCACCGCUAGCUCACCCAGCAGGUACCGCGUCGCCUACGCCGACGGCUCCUACUCGACCGGCGUCCUAGGCACGGAAACGAUCACGUUCGGCUUGAACCCAGGUGCGCCCGGAGCCUCCGUCGGCGGCAUUGUGUUUGGCUGCGGCGUCCCUCGUGGCGCAGGUUGGCGUCGGCAAGGUCUCCUACUGCCUCACCGACUUCUUCAACACCAGUCUGGGCAGCCCCGUGUUGUUCGGCUCCCUCGCCAAGCUGGCGUCACCAACCGCCGACGAUGCUGCCGCCGUACAGUCGACGCCCCUUGUGCAAAGCCUGCACUACCCGUGGGUCUACUACGUCUCCCUCGAGGGCGUAUCGCUCGGCAACGCUCAUCUACCGAUCCCUAA